AACACUUAGAACGAAGAGCGUGACAACAAGGUAGAUUAGAACACCUGGAACGGCUAGAGCGUCACAACAAGGUAGAUUAGAACACCUGGAACGGCUAGAGCGUCACAACAAGGUAGAUUAGAACACCUGGAACGGCUAGAGCGUCACAACAAGGUAGAUUAGAACACCUGGAACGGCAAGAGCGUCACAACAAGGUAGAUUAGAACACCUGGAACGGCUAGAGCGUCACAACAAGGUAGAUUAGAACACCUGGAACGGCUAGAGCGUCACAACAAGGUAGAUUAGAACACCUGGAACGGCUAGAGCGUCACAACAAGGUAGAUUAGAACACCUGGAACGGCUAGAGCGUCACAACAAGGUAGAUUAGAACACCUGGAACGGCUAGAGCGUCACAACAAGGUAGAUUAGAACACCUGGAACGGCUAGAGCGUCACAACAAGGGGUAUGCGCUAAACUGGUACAAUACCAAUCAAGUGCAACAGUCAAAUCUACAGAAUUGUAUUCAGACUACUACUAUAUGCUGCGUUUCCACUCCGUUCACUAGUGUGUGUGUGCGUGCAUGCGUAUGUGUGUAUGGUACACAAUUGUGCUGACAGACGUUCUGAUUUAUGACCCAACCUCCAUGUUUGCUUAUCAGCUUGUGCAAACAAAGGAGGCCUAUGGCUUGUGUCUGCAAACGCCAUCUUGUGCAAAGCCUUUCUUCCUCUGUCCUCGUCGCCUCAAUUCCACUCAAAGCUUAUCGGAGGAAAAGGAAGGACCUUGGAUCCUCUCCUCCAAUGAGCUUUGGAGAGGAAUUGAGGAAACAAGGACAGAGGAAGAAAGGAUUUGACAGGCAGUAAGUAACAUUUCAGACCAAGUGUGCAUCCAAAUAUCACACUCCAUUUCCUACAUAGGGUUUUGGUCCAAAGUAGUGCACUAUGGGCCCUGGUCAAAAGUAGUGAACCAUAGGAUGCAGCCAGUGUACGAGGAGGAAGUCACACGUUCAGCAGCUCUGUGCCCCAGGGCCAGACGAAGUCCACAUCCCAUAGAUAACACACCUAUUAUCUAUCUCAACAUGACAGCUGAGAGAAACUGGAUCAACUAACAUGAGCAAUCUGUCAGUCUAUUGUGUUGUUGAUUAUGGGUCAAAGCUCAUUGGAGGAAGAGAUCCGAGAGGAUUGAAGGAGAGGAGUGGGCUACUCAGUGAUCAGUAGUUGGUCUAGGCCUAUUGAUUAUAAGUCAAAGGGAGUUGUAGUUUAUGUUUACCCCCAGUUGGAAAAAUGUUGGCCUUUCAGCAGCAUUGAUCAAAUGCUAAAUGAGCUACUAAUAAGUGUCAGAUGGUAGCAAGAAGCAGAAGAGCGCGGCCAAGAAGAAGCACACACCGAGCAAGGUUGAGUUGAUGGGCCUGGUGAGCACCAACCGUCAGGGCGUCAGCAGGCAGGUCCGGCGGCUGCAGGGGCGUCUCGGUCCGGGGAAGAGCAAGGCCACCGUCAAAGACAAGAGGAUCAAGUCUGCCGUGGAGGAGUUCAGGAAGAAGCAGGGGAAGAGCCAUCUGAGCUCCAACCUGCUGUACUUCCUGGGGACGGGCUUCAGAGCUACUGACUCCGACACCAUGAAGAUCGUCAACCAGAAUUCGGGCCGGCAGUCUCGCCACCGUCCGGACCGCACGGUCAAGAAAGCCUCCGGGGAGAAGUCUGUGUUCACAGAGGAUGAGUUCCAACAGUUCCAGAAGGAAUACUUUGGCAGAACUGUGGAGGAGGGUAACUAGACAGAUUCUAGUUCCAGAGACUUAAGGCUGCAUUCCAAUUCCAGAGGUGUGCGCUUCACACUCCUUGCCAUGGAUCGCUAAUUUCACCAUUAUUAAAGGUCCAAUGCAGCUGUAUUUCAAUAUCGACUAUUUUAUGGGUAACAAUUAAGUAACUUACUGUGAUUGUUCAUUUUUGACCGUGUUAUUUAAAAACAAAAACACCUUCUUAGCAAAGAGCAAUUUCUCAAACAAUUAUCUUGCCAUGCCUGUCUGGGAGUGGUCUGAGUGGGGAGGGAGAAAACUAGCUGUUAUUGGCAGAGAGGUUGGAACUCUCUUAUUUACCUUCUGGUUAUGUCACCAGGCAGGCCACAACUCCAUCUCACCAAAACAAGCUGACAUUUUAGGCAGUCUUUUCAAACAGCUUACUCUAACAGGGCAUUUUCACAGUAUUAUUCCAACCUCCUAGGAGAGGGGGGAGAAAAAAACAGUAAAAUCACAUUUUGGACUGCACUGGGCCUUUUAAAUCCAUGGGAGAAUGUGGGUUCAGUUCCAGAGCCAAUGAGCCAAUGAGGACUUGGUAAAGAGAUCGGACACUUGACCGACUUUAGUUUUUGUCCAAAGUACUUCACUUUGGACUUGGAAUGUGAUACUGCGCUUCAUGGACAACAUGUGACUGUUAAGUGGCCUUGAGGCUCAUUCCCAACUUCUUCUAUUCAUGCAGGAGAAAAUAGUCACCUUUCAGAGAAACAAAAGUAUUGUUUAAAACUUCAUUUUCUACUUGUCUUCAAAUCGAUCUUCAGAGAAUUUCUUGUUUCCUUAUGUUGAAAAGAUGAAAGCACGAUGAACUAGAGGAUGCUGUUUUAUUAAGUGAAUAUUCAGAAAGUAAAUGUCGUGUCCCUUUGAUUUGUAAACGAUGAAUAAAAGUAUGUAGAACACUGUCAUGAAGCCUACACAACCUGAAGCAGCAGUAGGGGUGUGACCGUCAUGACAUUUGUGUUAGCCGUUAACUGUCCUGCAAAUCAUUGCGCUGUCACAGUUAUUUACCAUGAACAUAAACAUGUGUUGUAUCUCCAGCCAUA